AAUCUAGCAACGGUGGGGUGGAGGUAAAGCCCAAGAAAUACCAACAUCUUCUAUACAUCUUCACCCAUUCACAGGUCUCAACACACAUGCUAUUUUCGUCGACUUUCCAUUGCCUACAUUAUAAACAACACCUCUCCCCCUCCCUCUCUCCCCCAGCAGCAGGAGGCGCAAGCAUGGGGGCGGAGGUGGAGCCGGAGUACGUGUUCGGGGUGCGGGGGGAGGUGAACGGGUGUGUGGUGCAUGUGGACCCCAGCACCGUGGCCUAUCCGGCGGGGGCGCUGCUGGUGCUGCACGACACAUCCACCCACCGCCAGGAGUUUGUGAGCCUGGCGGAGGAGGCGAGACCCACCGCCCUGGCUAUAUCCCCGAAGAGGCAGUACCUAUGCGUGUGUCGGGCGGGCGAGGCAGCGGCGGUGAGCGUGUGGGACGUGGCGGGGCGCAAACGGCUGAGGUUCCUGAGCUGCGGCGAGAUGGGCAGCGAGGGGUACGUGGCGGCGGCGUUCAGCCCGGACGAACAGAUGGUGGCUGCGCAGGGAGGAGCGCCCGACUGGACCCUGGUGUUGUUUGUGUGGGAGAAGGGGAAGGUGUUCUCUGUGCUGCGGUUGAGCGACACGCCAGGUCUGGGUCCCGUCUCGUCCCUGUGCUACCACCCUCAGGACUGCGGCGUGCUGUCCGUGGUGGGCGAGCGCGUCUUGAAGCUCUUCAGGCUCAACGACAAGCUGCUCAAGACGUGGGGAUACCAGGGAGGCCAUAACCACCAUUGUCUGUGUCAGGUGUGGGUGGAUCAGCAUACCUUGUUGAUCGGCACGGAGACGGCGACGGUGCUGGUGCUGGAGGAGGGAGAGCUGAGGACGGAACUGCACGUGACCCAUCCUGACCUCCAGGAGAUCGAGAAGAAGGGAACGAGCACGGGUAGCGGCGGGGGCGGCGGCGGCGUGGCGGAGGGCAGCGGCGGGCGUCCGUUGGGUCCCCGCCACCGCCGCGUGACAGCCCUGGCGGUGUUCAGCGGGGGGUUCCUGUGUGCGUGCGGCCCCGACAAGGUAUUCGUGUUCCAGCGCAGCGAGGAUGUCAAUGAGCACUACUUCCAGCGGUAUGUCCUGCGCCUGUGUGAUCCCAGUCCGGCGGCGUUGGUUAGCGGGCGCGGCGAACACACCAUAACCACGCUGUCUCUCUGCCCAUCCGAGAAGACCAUCGUUGCCGCUACACACAGUUGCCAGCUCUUCACCAACCCUUUGCCCUCCCUCGAUGCCUCCACGCUCUCCAGCCUCCAAUUCACCCCCCUGCUGGCCCGGCUACACGAGGGGGCCGUGGUGGACGCCGACACGUGCCUAUGGAAGCCUCUGGUGGUGACGGCAGGGGAGGAUAGGACGCUGAAGGUGUGGGAUUACCGCCAGCACCUGCUCCUCAUGAGUCAUCCCUUCAAGCAAGACGUUUUCUCUCUCUCCGUGCAUCCGACUGGCCUCCACGUGGCUGUCGGGCUCACGGACUCGCUCAAGCUACACCACCUCCUGUUCGACUCCCUGCGGGCCUACAGCGAGGUGCAUGUACGUCGCUGUGCCUGCUGCUGCUACUCCCCCGGCGGGCACAUGCUGGCAGCGGCGGACGGGCACCUGCUCCUGCUGACCUCCACUCUGACGCUGAAGAAGUCUCUCACGCUGAAGGGCCACGCUGCUAAGGUGACGGGCGUGGGCUGGUAUCCCGACAACUCCGCGGUCAUGGCAUGCGGGGCGGACGGAAACAUCAUCGGCUGGGAUGUGUGUCGCGGGCAGGUCAUGUGGCAGGUAACAGCAGGUAACGGGGCGUGUUCCUACCUGGCCUCCUGUCUCUCAUUGGACGGGAAAGCGACGGUCCUGGCGGGUCACGGCGGGGGCUUCGCGGAGAUCACGGGAGGACAGCUGGUGCAGGAGAUGAACUACAAUAACAACACCACCAACAACAACACCAGCAGCAACAACAGUGGGGAGGUGAUCUGCGCCUGCGUGGCCCCCAUCAAGACCCUGCUGGCCCUGGGCACCGCGCGGGGCCACCUGGCGCUCAACAAGUUCCCGCUUCACAUGGCACUCAACACGUUCAAACAGGUGCCCGCCCACGCCGCUACGAUUGUCAAGGUGCUGGUGACGAGGGACGAGGGGCGGCUGGUCACGUGCGGCGCUGAUGGGCUGGUGGUGGUGUGGGCCGUUGCUGCCGUGGAUGAGAAGUCCCCGGGGUUCGUGGCCGCGAGAGAGCGCCUUCAGGAUCUACCCGAUGUCCCUGAGAUGAUGGUUGCGAGGACUGACUUGAAGGCCACACAGCAGCACGUGGAGGCGCUGGAGAGUCGUGUGUCCUACCUGAUGCGGGACAAGCAGGUGCAUCUAGCCCUCCAGCAGCAGGAGUUCGCCGCCAGCAGGGAGGCUCUGCUCGCUCGCCAGCAGGCCGCCAUAGACAAGCUCAACGCCACGAUACAGGAGAUGGAGAGGGAGCGUGAGAGCCUGCAGGAGAGCCACGGCCGCGCCCUGGAGGAGGUGACCUUCGAGCACCAGGGGCAGCUAGCGGGCCACCAGCAGGAGCUCAGGAAAAAGCUUCUCUACGAGUACUCCAAGCAGGACAAGCUGGAGGCGGAGCUGAAGGAGAUGCAACUGACCCUCGACAGGAAGGUGGCGGAGGCGGAGAGGAAGACGAGGGAGGAGCUGCAGGAGAGACUCAACCAGCAGGAGGCCGUGGUGGAGAGGCUGAAGGCGGAUCUAGAGAAGACCACCGCGGAGUUGGAGAGGGAGCGGAGCGAGGGGGCGGAGGUGGUGCGGCUGGUGGAGGCGUCGACAGAGGCGGAGCUGAGCCAGGUUCGAGCCUCCCUGCACGCCCAGUUAGCUGAGGAACACUCCGCCGUGAUCAAACUGAGGAGCGAGAGAGCGGCGCUGAAGAAAAACUAUGGCAUGGUGCAGCGGGAGUGCGAGGAACGGUCGGGUGAGGUGGCGGCUCUGACGGAGGAGAGGACGAAGCUGCAGGCUACGGUGAGGGGGCUGGAGCGCGAGAUGGCAGCACUGAGGCGGGAGGUGAAGCACAGGGACGAUAUCAUACGGGACAGGGAGGGCCAGAUGAGCAGCACGAGGGAGCACGUCGGGGAGCUGGAGAAGCAGCGGUUCCUCCUCGACCACCAGAUGGGGCUGCUGAAGGAGGAGCUGCAGCCGCUUCAGGCCGCCCUCGAGCAACGCGCGCAGCAGAUCAAGCAGAUGGAGGAGGAGGUGAGCGAGACACGGCUGGUGGUGGGCGCGCGGGACCGUCAGGUGAAGGAGCUCAGUCAGCGGCUGGCGACGGCGAGGCAGCUGGGGCGUCUCCUGGAGCAGCGACACCACGCGCUCGCCACAGCCCUGACGCGCGUGCUGGCCGACCUCGCCUCCGCCACCACCCUCAUCCACCAGCCCAAGAAACUGAAGGAGGCGGUGAAGGCCCUCAACGACAAACACGUGCGCAGCGGUCGUCACAAGGAGUUCUGGACGCGACCUGACCUCGACAAGCUGGCACAGGCGACUGACCCCGUGGCACAGGCUGGCGGCGGUGCUGGGGGCGUGGCGGCGGAGGAGGAGGAGGCGGUGUGCGAACUGCUGCGCCAGAGGGAGAUGCUGGAGCGGUCUGUGGCGACGCUGAGGGGGCAGGCGGAGAAGCAGAGCCGGGCACACAGGGACAAGGUGGCCACGCUCGUCAGGAAGAACAGCGAGCUCCUGACGAGGGUGCGGGAGCUGGAGGAGCGGUCGUGGCGGCUGGAGGGCGAGGCGCGGAGGGCGGAGAGUCUGGCCGGGCUGAGGGACCCACGCUCCUGCCGAAGGAAGGCGUCACGUGACCAGCUGGUGCAGACACUAUCCAGGCAGGCGGAUACGAUAGCGAGACUCCAGAUACAGCUGAAGGAGGCGUGUGAGGGACAGACAAACAAUGCAGAAGAAAACAAGACCAGCAAUUCACUAAAAAGCACACCAACAAAACAAGGAGGAGUGAUGAGAACAGGAAGUGGAAGAAGUAACAUAUAA